AUGGCUGCCACUCUCUUCCGCACCUCUGCCCGCACUGUCCUGCGCGCCGGAGCUUCGGCUACUCCCAGAGCUGCCGGUAUCGCGGGCUUGACUUUUGCCCGCGGCAAGGCCACCCUCCCUGACCUGACCUACGACUAUGGCGCUCUCGAGCCCGCCGUUUCCGGCAAGAUCAUGGAGCUUCACCACAAGAACCACCACCAGACCUACGUCAACAGCUACAACACCGCCAUUGAGCAGCUCCAAGAGGCCCAGGCCAAGAAUGACAUCGCAGCUCAGAUUGCCCUCAAGCCCUUGAUCAACUUCCACGGUGGUGGUCACAUCAACCACACUCUCUUCUGGGAGAACCUGGCUCCCAAGAGCGCCGGCGGUGGUGAGCCCCCGUCCGGAGAUCUGUCUACGGCCAUCAACGACAGCUUCGGCAGCCUGGAGGAGUUCCAGAACAAGAUGAACGGUGCUCUUGCUGCCAUCCAGGGCAGCGGCUGGGCCUGGCUUGUCAAGGACAAGCAGACCGGCAACAUUGCCAUCAAGACCUACGCCAACCAGGACCCCGUUGUCGGUCAGUUCCAGCCCCUGCUGGGUAUUGACGCCUGGGAGCACGCCUACUACCUCCAAUACCAGAACCGCAAGGCCGAGUACUUCAAGGCCAUCUGGGAGGUCAUCAACUGGAAGGCCGUGGAGAAGCGUUUCUCCGCGUAAACUCUUCCUGAAACGAAUAUAUAUUGGCG